UUUGCUUGGCUCCCAAGUACCGUUUCUAUGAUGCUAUCUACUAAUUUACAAAUUUAUUAAGAGUAGCUUUGCUCUAUAAAUGGAUGGAAUUGGCUUUCUUCCUUUCUUUAAGAGCACAUAGAGAGUACAGAGCAAUCUCAGUGGAUCAUACAGUCAUACCGAUCUACAGAGACGAGAAAAUAAGACAAAGAUAAAAUAUUAAACUAAAAAUGAAAGAAACCAUAGUUCUGUACCCAACACCAGCUAUGGGCCAUCUGGUCUCGAUUGUGGAGCUAAGCAAACUAAUCCUCCACCACUAUCCUCACCAAUUUUCCGUCACAAUCCUUCUCACCACCGGACUUCUAGAUACACCGGCCACCACCUCCUACACCAACCGUAUUUCUCAAACCCACCCUUCCAUCGUCUUCCACCGCUUCCCACCACUCUGCAACCCUCCCUCCCUCGAGCCAACUCCUAAUUACAGUCUUACAGCCAUUGCCUUCGAAUUCAUCCGUCUUAACAACCCUAACGUUCUCCAGGCUCUCCAAACAAUCUCAGAAACCUCCAUUAUUCGAGCUUUCAUCAUCGACUUCUUCUGCACCUCCGCCCUCCAUGUUGCCUCUAAUCUCAGCAUCCCCACUUACUACUUCUUCACAUCUGGCGCUGCUGCUCUCGCUGCCUUCCUCUACUUUCCAACCAUCCAUGCCCAGACAACCCAGAGCUUCAAAGGCCUCGCUACUACUGACCUCCACUUCCCAGGCCUACCACCGAUCCGUGCUUCUCGCUUGCCGGAACCCGUACUCGACCGAGCCGACAAGGCCUACCUUGACUUCUUGUACUUCACAGCCCAUCUCCCCAAAGCAAAAGGAAUCAUAGUCAACACUUUUGAGCUUCUAGAGCCAACAGCCAUCAAAGCAGUCACUAGUGGGCUCUGCGUCCCGGACGCUCCGACCCCACCGGUUUAUUAUAUCGGACCGUUGAUUGCCGACCCUGAUGAUCGAACUGGGGAGGGUGGACAUGCUGGUGCACACGAGUGCUUAUCGUGGCUCGACACCCAGCCGAGUCAAAGCGUCGUGUUCUUGUGUUUUGGCAGCCAAGGUACCUUCUCUGUGGCACAGAUGAAGGAGAUAGCUAGUGGGUUGGAGAAGAGCGGCCAGAGGUUCUUGUGGGUGGUGCGAAGUCCGCCAGUGGAGGACCACAUCAAACACUUCUUUGAACCAGAGAACCCAGACUUGGAUCUUCUACUGCCAGAAGGAUUUUUGGCUCGGAUCAAAGGUCGAGGCCUUGUGGUAAAGUCGUGGGCACCGCAAGUGGAAGUGCUUAAUCAUGACUCUGUGGGAGGAUUCGUGACUCAUUGCGGGUGGAACUCGGUUUUGGAAGCCGUCUGUGCUGGCGUUCCGAUGGUGGCGUGGCCUCUCUAUGCCGAGCAACAUAUGAACAAGGCUGUGCUGGUGGAGGAUUUGAAGCUAGCCAUGCCGAUCGAGCAAUCGGAAGAUGGGUUCGUAAGCUCGGCCGAGGUCGAGACACGUCUGAGAGCGUUGAUGGCGUCGAGCGAAGGGAAAGAGAGCAGACAACGGAGUCGGGAGAUGAAGGAGAAGGCUUGGGUCGCGUGGUCUGAUGGGGGUUCGUCUCUUGUUGCCUUUUCGAAGUUGACUGAAAUAUGGAGACAAGGAUGAAAGAAAAUCGAACGGAUCAGAUGCUCCUGCUAGUGAUUAGAUGUUCCAUCUCAUAACAAUAAGAUGUUAUUUUGGGAUUUUAGUGGUGAAUGUAGGGAAACUUAUCCUGUGUGUGUAUCAUUGUUCUAUAUAUACUUCCAGGGCCCAUAAUUGGCUUAUAGUUGAUUUGCUGACGAUGUGGUGAUCCGUGAUCAUUGUUGUUAAUCUGAACCAUCCAAAACGUGGCCCACCUUGUGGAUAUCAAGGAAUCAAGAUUGAUGAGAACCCUCGCCAAAUAAGCAAGUAUAUAGGAACCUUUCACGAAGAGAGUUUUGUUUCCUAGUUUCAAUUUAUACAUCCCACCAUAUGAUAAGGGGAAUCUUCAGGCAGCUCCCCCUCAGAAAUAGAAAUCUCGAUUGAGGACGUAUGGAAAUCGAAAUUAAUGCUAUCCCAUUCAAUAAAUCCGAAAUUUGUUUCCGCUCGCCGUUAGUCACUAGAUCACCGGAGCAUCGAAGCUAAUUUCUCAGAAUUGUUUUUUCUCCGGAGCUUCAUCUCCCUCGUCUUCUUUCUCAUUUUCGAACCUAGGACAUCCUCGCCGUUUCUCAGAACCGUUAAUCACCAGAUCACCGGAGCUCUACAGAAAGCGUCUUCUCAUCGUCUUUUUCCUCACACCGAAUCACCGGAGCUAAUUUCUCAGAGCUGUUUACUGAGCCUCGUCCCAGUCACGUUAAGGCACUGCCGCCAGGAGAUGCUGCAAAUCAUCCUGAAGAUAGCCCUCUCCUCACCCGUAGCCGGCGGGUUAGGGUUGUGUCAGCUCAUGAGCCUCGUAUUGUGGAUGAGGUUCCUAACUUGAUAGGGAUAAAGGGAAACGUCCUGCGGAGGAGAUGGGGGAGAGCAGUCACCCCCAGCUGUGAAAAAGGCAAUGGGUAGUGUCACCUGUGCGAUUAAUAGAGCAUAUUGCUAUAGAUGUGGUUGGCAUUCCUCAAUGUGUGAGGACUUCAGCAGGAAGGGUAAGUAGGGGUCUCCGCACAAUCCAUCCUCCAUGUGCGCCAAGUGAGGAAGGUGCGGUUUCGGCCGUUGAUGCUUCAGAAUGCCUUCAGUCGGCGAGGGUGGCUACAAUGGUUUCUCCUGGGCUCGAGACGCAUAGGCAGGGCAGUGAGCCUGUAAAGAAGAUUGCUGCCGGCGCACGAGAGAGAGGCGUUAAAAUUCCCGAUUUGUCUUUUGUUUUGAGGAAGGUGGAAGCAGAGGAUGACUUUGGUCCCCGAUUUCCGGACGGGCACAUUAGUUGUGAUGAGGUAUCAUUACUGUCUUGUUUGCGUGGUAUCAAUUGGUGAUGCUAAACUUUGUCUAUUGUUUUUAGGUUUCGUAUGAAUAAUAACAUAUAAGAGCAAUUUUUGGGUUUAAAAAAAAUAAAAAAUAGGUUAAUCUUUUAAAAAAUAAUAUCAAUAAAGGGCAAAAACAUUGUUCAUCUUCUUCUUUUUGCCAUUUGUUCAUCAGAGUCGCCGCUCCGCCACCACCGUCACCUUUGCCUCUGCCUCUGGCAAUGUUGCCAGAGGUAUAGGUGGCAGCAGCGGCGCUGGUGGUUUUUUUGUCCAAUGUUGCCACCUCCGCCUCCGCCUUCGGCAACAUUGCCGGAGAUGGGUGGAGAUAGAGGUGGUGACGGCGGCGGAGAGAGGAAUGACCACCAGCGCCGCCGCCACCACCUCUACCUCCGGCCACCUUCGGCAAUGUUGCCGGAGGCAGAGGCGGCGAACGGCAAUGGUGGGUGGUGGCAGCAGCGAACGACGGCUCUGAUGAAUAAAUGCCAAGAAAAAAAAGAUGAACAGUAUUUUUGCACUUUAUUGAUAUUAUUUUUAAAAAGUUAACCUAUUUUUAAAUAUAUUAUUUUUAUUGAUAUUAAACCCCACAAAUUGCCCUUAUAUGCUAGAAACCCAACAAAAAAGGCUGUCGCAGCUACGGAAGAGACGCGCAUAACUUGUUGAGAUGGAGGAGCAGAGGGCGAAGGUGGAGGCGAUUUUUGAAAUGCGGGACGAGUGGUUUAGUCUUAGCUGAUCAGAUCUACUAUGUUGUUCAUUCAUUUUUGUUAUUUUCUGUAUUGUGAAUUGCCAUUGUACAUCCUGCUUAGUAGAAACAAAGGCAUUGCUUCCUAUAAGGUCUAUUCUAUUCCUAUUCGUCA